UGCCUCUGCGAUAGCUCAAUUGUCAUUAUUUAAUUGUAUUUUCCUUGGGUAUUCAUUUUAUCCUCCGCAUUCUUCACUAGAGUUCUCCGGUUUUCUCCAGAUAAAGAAAAAAAGGGAAAAAUUCGACGUCAUCGUAUUCGUGACCCAGCUGCUGGUUUUUCUCCCUUCUUCCGAUUACCACGGCUACAUCCCCCCAAAGUCCCACGCUUUGGACAUCAACACAUUUCGAUCUCUUUUCGAUUAAUCCAGUCGAAUCCCUCACCGCAAUGAAGCUUCUCACCAAGGAACAGGAAGACGCGCACUACGAUGCUGUCGUCAAGGGUGGCUCGAUCGGUGGUGUCCUCGGCCUGAUCGGGGGAUACGCCGGUGUAGCACUUGCUUCUCGACGCUGGACAACCAUCCGAACUCUCACACUACCCAUGAAAGCCUUCCUCGUCACCUCUGCCGGCAGUUUUGCUGCCGUCAUCGCUGCCGAUAUCAGCUCGCGAGAUUUUGACUACAGCGUGCAUCAGGAAAAGCGCCUUGUCACCGAGCGACAGGAGCGCCUGCGGAACGAGCAAUGGGCGAGGAUGACGACGAUGGAGCGAGUCAUGGAUUUCGCUCGCAGGGAGAAGUAUAAGAUUAUCGGUGCCACUUGGGUUGCUAGCAUGAUUGGCUCGUUUGUUUUGGUGGGGAGAAAUCCGUACUUGAGUGGACAGCAGAAGAUCGUGCAGGCUCGUGUCUAUGCGCAGGGUCUGACACUGGCGGUGCUGUGUGCCUCCGCGGCUUUCGAGAUUCAUGACCAGAGACAGGGCAAAGGCGUCUUGGACGCUUUGAAGGCCAAAAAGGGCAAAGAGGCAAGCCAAGUAGCGCAGGGCAGUGAGGAUUUAUGGAAGGACAUGGUUGACGCUGAAGAAGAGCGGAUGAAUCGCAAGAAGGAGAAGGCCGAUCCCGGCCACUGAGCAAAAUUACGAAGACGGUCCCAUGCGUUCUCCUUUGGCAAUGUUACAACGUUGGUCUAGGCCACCUAAAUCAUGAAUCUCUUGAGAAACCGCCUCCAGCUAACUGGUUUUCUCUGCCCGCCGUCAUCACUUCAAUACAAAGAUUGCACCUAUCUCGACAGCUUGCUUUGAUUCUCCGCGCCGGCGAUGGAGACAGAAACCUGGUUGCCGACAAAAAUUUCUCUUAAUUUGUACAGUAUACGAAUUCACGACGCUUGCGAGCGCCACCGGUUUGGUCCGGUUUCAUACUCGACUACUCUCCUCUCAACCUUGCUCUCUUUCUACGGAAACGUCUCAAAUCGUUACCUGAUGAAUCUCUCCUUCCGACACUUCAUAACGGCGUUUUCGAGUUUAGUUUUUAGAAAGGAUAUAUGGCGGGUUUGUUCUGUUUCUUUAAACAAGAAGAUCAAAAAAAAGGAAGAGCUUGAAUUCAAAACUCAAAUCAGAAGGGCUUAGGUCCUUUUCUUAGUCAAGAUCAAAAAAAGGCAAUUCCUUUUGAGAUGGAGCUCGUUUGAAUGCCGUCUGACAAUUACACACAAUUAUGAAAUUAUAGUGCUGUAAUAAUAUUAAUCCAAUUGCAUAUCUAGAAUAUCUAAGAGUUACUUCGUAUAUAAUUAAAAUGUUCUAUUCGGAGUUUAUGCACUCGUUGCCAAUAAACCUGAACUGCAUCAAUAAAGCCUCCCAAACGUAAUAGCCAGGACAGAAAAGGUCCGGCGCCGAUUACUGGAGAUUCAAGGUCAUAAACUUCUCCCCAAAUAGGAAGUUAUAAAACCGACGCUGCCUCUUCAUACAACUUCGCGUCCAUAUUGAUAAAGCCCUGCACGAUCUCCAGCCCCCGCAGCCUCUCCUGCUCGAUUUUCUCCCAGGUCCACAUCGAACCGUCCCACGAGGAGCGGGCCUUC